CGACUUGUUUACAGCCUGCCUGCAUUCUUCCUUUACUUCUAUAUAGAAAUUUAAUUAUAUUAAUAAAAAUGAGCAACAAUAAAAGUUGGCUAGAUUUGCUUGAUUCAAGCAACUCGAGUGAUGCACAUAAAAGUCUAAACAAAACUCCAACUAAAGUAAAAACUAGCUCAUUUGAAGCACACGAUGAAGACGCACGAUUUAUAGAAAUUGAAAUAUUUGAUGCUGCAAACCAAAAGAAAUUUGACAAAUUGGCUAGUGACAAUAAGAUCAAGUCACCAUUCAAGAGACGUUUAGAAAAUGAAGUCGUUGAGAAGCAGCCAGAGAAGAAGUUUAAGGAAAGCAAUGAUAAGAAUGGAGAACCAGAAGACAGCGAUGAUGAUGAGAACAAUAAGAAGCCAUUAAGGAAAAGAUUCUGCAGCGAACGAAGUUCUGAAAGUUCCAGUAACUGCUCGUCCACAAAUUAUAUCAAGCAAGAACUCGAGACUGAUCAAGCGACACUUGAAAGACGACAAAAACAAAUUGAUUAUGGAAAGAAUACUAUUGGCUAUGACAAUUACAUGAAGGAAGUGCCAAAAUAUAAACGUACACGUGAUCAUCCUAAGACGCCUCCAAAACAAUUGAAAUAUAGCAGAAGAGCAUGGGAAGGCUUAAUCAAGUCAUGGAGGAAGAAGUUACAUGCCUUUGACCCCAAUAACGAAGAUAAUGAUGAACAAGAAUGAUUAAUUUUAGGAUUUAAAACUGUUUUCCUAUCAUGCUUUGAUUACUUUUACCAUUUUGAGCUUUUCUCAAUUAGCUACUAACAAGGAAAUUAGCAAUAAGUUUCUGAGGAUUUCAAUAAACG